AUGGGUUCCCACUUGAUUUUUUCACCACUCAAUCGUGCCUUUCUUCUCUCCUGGCUUUUUUCUAAUUAUUUCUUCCUUUGUCUGGUAUCUGGCCUGAACCCUAAAUCAAAACGGUCACAUUUGUCUUUCAACAUCAGAACUUCAAUUCUUCCCUGGAGAUGUCUUCCAAGCCCCUUUCCUGGUAAAGCUCCUUUCCCUACCAUCAACUAUAGACCCAUCCUCGUAGUUUUGGAUAUUUUCGGUGCUGGAAUCUUGCUCCCUUCAAUGAUGAAUGUUGCAUUACAAACUCCAAGGAUCGAAAAGAACAUUCGAUUGCUUCAUCAUCUAUCUCCAAAUAUGGUACAUCACUGCUUACAGCUGCAACAAAUCCUUAUAGCUGAAACGGGGAAUUUGCGCAAAAUAAGAGCCACAAAUUGGAUCUAUAAAUUAAGCGCAAAGGCUUCACCAGGGACUGCUCAAGUCUCCCUUCGCCGCCCCCUUCACCCGGUUGUUCUUCUAACACUUGUUUACACUACUUCAAGACUUUGUCAUUUCAAAGCGAAAAGGGGUUUCGAUUCUUUAAACCAAACAUCAUCUGUCCAAAAUAGUGUUGCAGUGUUUUGGGAUUUGGAUAACAAGCCCCCAAAUGCAUUCCCUCCAUUUGAAACCGUUGUUAAGUUGAAAACAGCAGCUUCUUCAUUUGGGGUUGUAAGGUCCAUGGUGGCCUAUGCUAAUCAACAUUCGUUUAGCUACGUACCAAAAGCUGUUCGGGAGCAGAGAAGAGAGAGGAAACUGUUGAAUCAGUUGGAAAAUAAAGGCGUGAUCAAGUCAAUUGAUCCAUAUGUUUGUAAAGUUUGUGGGAGAAGAUUUUACACUAACGAGAAACUUGUUAACCAUUUUAAGCAAAUUCAUGAGCGUGAGCAUCAGAAGAGGGUGAAUCAAAUAGAAUCUGCUAGAGGGAGCAGAAGGGUGAAAUUGGUGGGUAAGUACUCGAUGAAAAUGGAGAAGUACAAAAAUGCCGCUAGGGAGGUUUUGACACCGAAAGUUGGGUAUGGUUUAGCUGAUGAGUUGAAAAGGGCAGGGUUUUGGGUUGGGACUGUCUCAAAUAGGCCACAAGCUGCAGAUUUUGCAUUGAGGGAUCACAUAGUGGAUGUGAUGGAUAAGAGGAAAGCCGAGUGUUUGAUGCUCGUGUCUGAUGAUUCCGAUUUUGUUGGUGUUUUGAAGGAGGCGAAACUGAGGUGUUUGAAGACGGUUGUUGUGGGGGAUGCCGAUGAUGGGGCAUUGAAAAGAGUCGCAGAUGCUGGGUUUUCUUGGACAGAAAUAUUGAAGGGAAAAGCUAAGAAAGAGGCAGUAUCCGUUGUGGGGAAGUGGAAAGACCGUGAUAUCUUGAAGAAACUAGAGUGGACUUAUGAUCCAGAGGUGGAGAGGAAGUUUUAUGGCUCUGAAGAUAUGUUUGAUGAGGAGAGUGAGGAUCUGGAUUUUGAUGGUAGUGAUGAUGGAAACAGUUCUGAUUAUAUGCAUAAGGAAGAUUCUGGUGCAUGGUGGGAGUUGGACACUGACUCUGAUGCUGACUCUUCCAAGUCGCAAUAAUAAUGCAGAUUUUGCCUUCGCCAUCGUAGCUUGCCGAGUUCGUAUCAAGUUAUCAACUUGAGUACGUUAACGUCUGCAUUGUGGUUCAGAAGCUGGGUUCGUUCCUUGAGAUGAAAUUUCGAUGAUCCCUUUCUGACUUUUAGAUAACUUUAUCGAACAUCUUAAACCAUAUUUCUGACUUCUAAAAUAAUAUAAUUAUUCUUUUGUUCUUGCUUUACAAUGAGUCAUUCGUGCGAUCUUCAAGAAGCUUUUUCUUACCAUAAGCGAAUUCCUAGAUAAGAGAGAUGUCACAGUGGAUGCUGUAAAUCUGAUACCGGACUUGGUGAAUUUUGACAUCCUUAAGAAAAGGAUCUUAUGGUAGGAGAUUUGAUGCUCGAGGAAGAAAGGCAUCGGCUGUAUUUUCUGUGGUUUACAGUACAUAAGAUGUAGUUUUGUCGUGUUCAUCUAUAUGUAGACGAAGAUUAAACGUUGGACCUAGUUGUAGAUAAUAUAACAGCAAUGAUUAAUAAAUACUCGUAUUAAUGUUCCCUUUGCUAGGAUGAUGUUUGCUGCUGUAAAAUAAAAGGGUUCACUUGUUUAAGUGACCACAAAUGGAAAAAUGAUACACAUAA